AUGGGCCGCUUAAAUUUAACAGCACUCAACGUCCGCAAAACCGCUUUGGCGAAAUUCAAGACGAAACAGAUCCCAUACACUCCAGGAUGGACCGAUAUCAUGAGAGACGUUCCUCCAGCGCAGAUUCUGAUCCGGCAACAGGCCGCUCAGCAUCCCUUGACAAAAACACGCACUCGAACUCUCCCUAAUGGGAAAACAGAGCAAUAUACGCAAAUAGUGGAACCAAAGAGACCCAAAUCCGCCAAGGCCGGGCGUCUAUUCUCACCUACACACUUGAAGUACGAGGAGGAUGCUUUACGGAGAAGAUUUUACAGCGACCACCCAUGGGAACUGGCGCGGCCGCGAGUCGUCCUCGAAACAUCAGGAGAUCAGCACAAGGACGCCGAUUGGUCAAAGGGUUUGAUACAGCCAGGAAUCCCAUUGUCCGGCGAGUCCGUUGUGCAAAGACAGCUAUGGCUACUUGAGAACGUCCCGGAUAUCACUGUUCCUCAAUCUUAUGACAUCGCACGAAAGGAGUUCUACACGUUGCGCCGACAACAAGAAACGAGAGACAGAAUUGCGGCCGAGGAAGCAAGGCAUAUGGGCGCAGAAUUCGGAAAGACGGCUAUCCAAAUCGGCAUGAAGAUUGAGAACGAGGCGUACAACGAUUGGGAAGCGUGGGCUCGCCAGGUGAUGAACGAGCAGACACAGAGAAAUGCUGCAUUUGAGGGGACGACGACAGCUGCUGAAGAUCAAGCGCUGAGGGAGGCUACCCGGCUCGCCGGAGAUGGAAUCAAGCCGCCUGGCGUUGGAGCCGCUGUCUUUGCGCAGCAGGCAAAAAUGGAUUCUCGCACCAACCGGCGGUCUGAAAACCCUGUAUAG